AUGGCCUCAACCAUACUUCUCACCCUCGCAGCCUUGCAAGGCGUGAGGGCGUGGGGUGCGCUUGGGCAUGCUACGAUCGCCUACAUCGCCCAGAACUAUGUUACUGACGAAGUAGCGUCUUGGGCUCAAGGUGUGCUCGCUGACACCUCGGAUUCGUACCUGGCCAACGUCGCCUCCUGGGCCGACAGCUACCGCGCAACGAACGCCGGCGCGUGGUCCGCCCCUCUGCACUUCAUCGACGCAGAGGACAACCCGCCCAGCUCCUGCAACGUGGACUACGACCGGGACUGCGGCUCGACGGGCUGCUCCGUCUCCGCCAUCGCCAACUACACCCAGCGGGUCGGCGACGGCCGCCUCUCCGCCGCGAACGUCGCCGAGGCCCUCAAGUUCCUGGUCCACUUCACCGGGGACAUCACGCAGCCCCUGCACGACGAGGCGUACGAAAGGGGGGCCAACGGCGUCUCCGUCAAGUACCAGGGCUACACGGACAACCUGCACGCCGACUGGGACACGUACCUGCCCCAGACGCUCGUCGGCGGGUCCGGCCUCACGUAUGCCAAGACCUGGGCCACCAACCUCACCGCGGAGAUCAACUCGGGCGUCUACAAGUCCCAGGCGGCAAGCUGGACCUCGGGCGACAGCGUGAGCGCGGCGAUAGACACUGCAACAGCCUGGGCCACCGAUGCCAACGCCUACGUCUGCACCGUCGUGAUGCCCGACGGCGCUGCGGCCCUGACGGCUAUGAGUGAUCUGUACCCUACAUACUACGACUCGGUCAUCCCCACCAUCGAGCUUCAGAUUGCCAAGGGCGGUUAUCGCCUGGGGAACUGGUUGAACCUGAUCUAUGAUGCCAGUGUUAAGAAGCGGGAUCUCGAGACCGGAGAUGUUGUCAGGAGGAAUGAGAAGAAGCCUCUGCCGGCACCGAGGCCCUUGAGCAAGGCGAAGCUUGCCAGAGCUGCGUUUGGUUAUGGUUGCAAUCAUGAUCAUCAUUGA